ACCUCUUAAUGUGCUUUCACACAGGACACCACCUGUGUUGGAUGCACUUUGGUCUAGCAAGAGCAGAGGGAGAAAACAAAAAGAAUCUCCCCCACCCCUUAGAGGAGCCGAGUUACCUACCACCACCUGAAAUUCAUUCAGGGAACAGGAGUUCUGAAUAUGACUGGUAAAAAUUGGAUAUUAAUUUCUACAACCACUCCUCAAAGUUUGGAAGAUGAAAUAGUUGGAAGACUUCUGAAAAUUUUGUUUGUUUUAUUUGUUGACUUAAUGACUAUUAUGUAUGUUGUUAUAACUUCUUAGGAAGUUUGACUUCCUUUCCAUGUACAUUUCAAACUGAACUCCAGUGAAUAAAAGUUUGUAUGUUGAGUGACUUCACUUUGCUGAUGUCACCAACUUAUUCAGGAA